AGGUGUGUCGCCUUGGGGUAGACCGUUAAACGUUCUGCCCCUUGUUUUGUUGUUGGGUAAAACACGAUCAUCUUUUCAGUUCUAAAGAUGGGAGAAAGGUUACAAAGCCAGAGAAAAUUUGCAUGUUCAUUUGUAAAUUGUGAGAGCACAUUUAGUAAGUCCUGGAAAUUACAGGCCCAUCUUUGCAAGCACACUGGUCUGAAACCAUUCUCUUGCGAGACAUGUGAAAAGAGUUUCUGUACCCGCUACCAACUCACUAGACAUCAGCUGAGCCACAGUGGAGAGAAGCCGUUCAAGUGCUUGGUAGAAGGAUGCAGUGAGGCCUUUACCACUCAUGCCAGCAUGAAAAACCACAUGACUCGGAUUCACCAGCACCAGGAAAAACGCUUCAAGUGUGACCAUCUGGGCUGUGGGAAGGAUUUCAAAAAGAAAUAUCAACUGAGCACCCACAAGUGUGAACACUCCCAGCUUCUGCCUUUUCACUGCAACGCGGAGGGCUGUAAGAGAGAGUUUCCUACUUCACGAAAGCUACGGUGCCACGAGAAGGUUCACAGAGGUUACCCUUGUGAGGUGGAGGGCUGUCUCUUCCAGGGGAAAACCUGGACUGACUAUCAGAAACACAGAAAGGAACACAGGGUCCGACUGCAGUGUGAUGGCUGUCGUAAAAAGUUCUGGGAGGCUUGGUUUUUGCACCUGCACAAGCUGUGGAUCCACUCGGGGGAAAAAAGUCUGUUCCGGUGCUCCAAGCAGGGCUGUGAGAGAACCUUCACCACACGCUUCAACCUGGACAGCCACGUGACGGGAGAGCACGAGCACAAGAAGGACUUCCGCUGUAGCCAUCCAGGAUGUGGCAAAAGCUUUGUGAUGAAGGAGAGCUUGAGGCGACAUGGUGUGAUGCAUGAUCCUGAAAAGAAAAAGUUGGUGAAGCAGAAAUCACAGCCUCAAAAGAUGUCCACCGCCAAGAAGCCUAGCGAGUCAGUGACGAGGUCAACACAGGCACUAACCAGUGGACUAGCUAGCAGGCUACGCAAUGCCAGUCUGGGAGACUGCACUCCAUGACAUGAGUGUGCUGUAUGAAGGUGUCUUUCAAGGAUGGGAUGUUCCAUUAACUCCAUACAUAUUUUCAGUUCUAAAGUAUCAUUUUUGUUUACUAAAUACACUAUAGAAAUAAACACUCACUACUGCAAAGUAA